AUGGCACUUAAAUGUAUUUAAGCAUAAUUAGAAUAACUACAAAGAUUUUCUAUUGAAGAUCCCUUCAUAAAUAUUUAAGGUGGUCCAAUUGAUGAUAAAGAUCUAUUCAUAUGGUAAGGAUAUAUUUUUGGACAUAAGAAUUCGCCAUAUGAAGAUGGAAUGUUUCAAUUAUAAAUUAAUUUCUCAAAAAAUUAUCCAUUUAAACCACCUAAAGUAAAAUUUAUAACUCCUAUUUAUCAUCCAAAUAUUGAUAAAGAUGGAAAUAUUUAGAUUGAUAUAUUAUAUAAUAAUAAUUGGUCACCAACAAUAACAAUAACUUAAAGUAAUUAAAUAAUAAUAAUAAUUAGUACUUUUAUGUAUUUCUGCUUUAUUGAAAGAUCCAGAUCCAGAUAGAUUUGUACCUACAAUAAGAGAGAGUUAUUAAAAUGAAAAAUAUCAUUAUUAAACAACAGAAAGAGAAUGGACAUAAAAAUUUGCAAAAUGA